UCGGCCCCGCGCCUCGACGCCACCGACGGGCCCGAGCACGGCCGCCCUGUCGCGCAUCUUCAUGACACAGUGAAGAGAAAUCUUGAUAGCACCACCCCCCCUCAGAAUGGCGAGCAACAGAAUGGCUACGGAGACCUCUUUCCUGGACACAAGAAGACCCGCCGAGAGGCCCCUCUGGGAGUAGCUGUCGCUUCCAAUGGCUUGCCUCCAGCCUCUCCCCUGGGGCAGCCUGACAAGCCUGGCACAGAGGCCCUGCAGGCCAGUGGGAAGCACUCACUGGGGCUUGACUCCAUCAGUAAGAAGUGUCUGGCAGACUCCAGCCUCCACUUGAAUGGAGGCAGCAACCCUGGUGAGCCGUUUCCUCUGAGCCUGAAUAAAGAACUGAAGCAGGAGCCCGUCGAUGACCUGCCUUGCAUGAUCGCGGGGGCCGGAGGCUCCAUAUCUCAAAGCAACCUCAUGCCUGACCUCAACCUUAACGAGCAAGAGUGGAAGGAGCUCAUCGAGGAGCUGAACAGGUCAGUGCCCGAUGAAGACAUGAAGGAUCUGUUUAAUGAGGACUUUGAAGAAAAGAAGGACCCAGAGUGUUCUGGUUCCGCCACGCAGACCCCCUUGGCACAGGACAUUAAUAUUAAGACAGAAUUCUCCCCAGCAGCCUUUGAACAAGAACAGUUAGGCUCUCCACAAGUGAGGGCAGGGUCUGCAGGACAGACCUUUAUGGGGCCUUCAGCCGGCCCUGUGAGCACAGAUUCACCAAGCCUCGGGGGCGCUCAGCCUCUAUUCCACACCUCUGGUCAGCCCGGGGCAGACAAUCCCAGUCCCAACCUGAUGCCGGCAUCAGCCCAGGCCCAGAAUGCACAAAGAGCCCUCUCCAGUGUGGUGUUGCCCAGCCAGGGCCCGGGAGGGGCCUCAGAGCUAUCCUCUGCUCACCAGCUCCAGCAGAUCGCUGCGAAGCAGAAGCGGGAGCAGAUGCUCCAGAACCCGCAGCAGGCCACCCCUGCACCGGCCCCAGGGCAGAUGUCCACGUGGCAGCAGACAGGCCCCUCCCACAGCCCCUUAAACGUCCCUUAUCCCAUGGAGAAGCCCGCCAGCCCUCCUGGCUACAAGCAAGACUUCACCAACUCCAAACUGCUCAUGAUGCCCAGUGUGAACAAGAGCUCCCCUCGGCCCGGAGGCCCCUACCUCCAGCCCAGCCAUGUGAACCUGCUGAGUCACCAGCCGCCAAGUAACUUGAAUCAGAAUGCCGUGACUAACCAAGGGUCGGUGCUGGACUAUGGCAACACCAAACCCCUUUCUCAUUACAAAGCAGACUGUGGGCAAGGUGGCCCUGCAUCCAGCCAGAGCAAGACAGCCCUCAUGGCUUAUCUUCCCCAGCAGCUGCCUCAUCUGAGCAACGAGCAGAAUUCCUUGUUUCUGAUGAAACCAAAGCCAGGAAAUAUGCCCUUCCGAUCACUGGUUCCCCCUAGCCAGGAGCAGAACCCGCCCGGCGUCCCUGUGCCAGCCCAGGCUGCCAGCGUGGGGAGCCAGCCACCAGCUGCGUCCGGGGCCAGCACUCACAGCAGCACCCCCUAUCUCAGUAGCCAGCAGCAGGCAGCAGUAAUGAAGCAGCACCAGUUGCUCUUGGACCAACAGAAACAGAGGGAGCAGCAACAGAAGCACCUGCAGCAACAGCAGUUCUUACAAAGGCAGCAGCAACUUCUGGCGGAACAGGAGAAACAGCAGUUUCAGCGCCACCUCACGCGCCCACCUCCCCAGUACCAAGACCCAACCCAGAGCACCUUCCCACAGCAGGUUGGACAGUUCACAGGUGAGGGGAUGUCUGAAGCGGCAGAGCUGCCCUUCGCCUACAGCGGGCAGCCGGGUGGCAGUGGGCUGGCCAGCAUGGCCGGAGAUGCUGACCUGAUCGACUCCCUGCUGAAGAACAGGACUUCGGAAGAGUGGAUGAACGAUCUGGAUGACCUGUUAGGGCCUCAGUAA